GCUGUCGGCCGGCCGCAGAUCGGUCGCCGCUCAGCCGCCGCGCCGCGCCGGACCGCCACAGGUUGGCGCCGCGGGCCGGCGCGGUGCUGCGCGCGCGGCCGCCGCUCCUCGCCAUGAGACGCCGCCGCGGCCGUGGCCAUCGAUUUCCGUCCGGGCGGCGGUCAGCUGGUGGCGGCGGCGGCCGUCGGGCGGCGCUGGCGGCGAGCACAGCUGGCCAGCUGCCGAGAUGGCGAGCGUCGAGCAGCUGCUGCUGGCCGCCCUCUGGACGCCGCUGGCCGCUGCGCUCAGCACCAGGCCGGACUCCACUCCGAGCCAGCCGUCCUCACCGCCGCCGGCCUCCAACAGCUCCGAGGAGGCGGGUGCGCCGCGGGUGGAGGCGGCCAGAGAGACCCAUAUGGCGGCGGCGGCGGCGGCCGGCAAGUCAGCCUCUCAUCCGCUGCUCACGCUGACACUGGUGCUGGCGCUGUGUUUUGUCAGUGCUGCUGCCGCCUUCGGACUGCGACGCGUGCUCCGGCGAGCCUUCUUCAAAGACAGGACGGGAAGUUAUCGUUAUUUCAAAGUGAACCAAGAAGACGACGGAGAGUUGAUGGCAGUUGACGGCGGGUACCACGUGGCUCUGGAUGAUUCCAGCGAAGACGAGCUGGGUCCAGCGCGGCUUCCGGUCAACACACCGGAAACGGCGCAGGUGCGGCGAAGUUGUCUGUCUCCGCCGCCAGAGGCCAAGUCUCUGCUGAUAGAGUCCUCUGAUGAGGAGCUCCUUCAGUGAACAAUUGAGGAUUGGGUUCUUUGGCGUACCUGCUCUUCUUGCACAUGUCAAAAACCAAUAUUUUCGUGCGCUAUAGUAAUACGAAAUCAUUGAUAGUUUAAAUGCACAAGUGUAUAUAUCAGCACAAUUAUGCCUACAGUUCGUUUGGAAAGCUGUUCAAGAGACAGGGUCUCAACAUAAUUACAGACGUUCUUUGUCCUUAACACCCUUGGUUUUCACCUACAGUCGGUACAUUGUUCUGUGGAUGGGCUACUUAAGGGCCCAAAAUGUAGGUAUGCAUAAAAAAUACAUACCUCCGUUUCAUCAAGCACAAGACAAAUCUGCAAAAAUGAUACGUUUCCUGUCUCUAAGACACUGGUCUAUACGUACGAUUUACUUUAUAUUUUAGAUCGUAGACGCUGGUACCUGCAACUUGUAAGUUUGGUACGCAAGGUAAAAAUUUGCUGAAAUGCGGGAACCGUAAUGGAAUAUAAUAUGGGAAUGUUAGGAACAUAAUUCAUGCGAUCAUGAUCUAAAUAUACUACAUAAGAAACACCAUGGAGUCAUGACUAAGAUGGUGAAGUCAAUGACUUUUUACCUGUGGUAGUGUAGCAGGUUUACUUCAUCGUGUUUUUUUCCGAUUUACGGGAAACUCCACUGGAAUACUGAAAGAUAUCGUUUGUACAUAUAACCAUAGAAGUUAGAACGUUUCGUACGGGUAGUCGCUUAGCCGGUGCACAAUGUACAUACAUAUAUCGCUGAAUGAUGAGGCCAUGAGAGCAAUUCUGUCUGUGGUGCACCCGUUUAUUUUAUAUGUUUUGAUGUGACUCAUGUAGCGUCUGCUGGCUGCCGAGCUCAUAUUGCGCUGAGCUGUUCAAAAGUCCUAAAAUGAGCAGCUGAUGUAUCGCCUGGUGUCUAGCCGAGGGUGACGUGCGACUGACUGAUUGGACGGACGCUAUUCUGAGCCUGAGCGGUGUGGCGGCGGCUGAUGUGUGAUGUGUAGACUGUUGUUUGCGCGCAGAUGACGUGCUGUUGAUUGAUGUCAGCGUGACAUGUCGCCUGAUGUCCGCCAGCGGAUGAGGAGUCGUUGACUGAUGUGAACUAUUUGAUGGGUCUGGCCGGGCCAAUGAACGACAGCAGUGGUGGCUCACGUGUUGUCCCGAUCGUGACCAGUCCUAACAUACCAGAUCACCACGCCGUGCCGGUAGCUGACGAGUGUGUGUGAGCGCCUAUAAAAGAAUAUAUUUGUGGGUUUGAGCGUGAGUAUGUGUGUGCCACCUUUUAACUCGCUGCGGCCAAGGGUGAUGUCAAAAUAAUGCUGCUGUUCAAUACAAAAGAAAGACGCAAA